AUGAACCUCCUCACCCUCCUCGGAGCGCUAUCGCUCCUCUUCAUCUCCGCCCUCGCCGAAACCACAACCGACAUCUUCUACUGGCCCAUCGGCGCCGCCUCCCCCUCCGUCCUAGCGCGCGUCACCUUCGACCCAACAACCCUGACCUCCUCCGUGACCUCCUACAACACCCCGGAUUCCACCGACGACCUCGUCCGAAUCGGCCUGUACACUGCAUCCUCAAAGCAAUGGGUUGGAUCUCUUGCCUCGCUCUCCUCAUUGACUGAUAAAUCCCAACAACCCACCUUCCGCCUCCACCUCGGCCCGACCAACGAGGUCUACCACGUUUCUCUGGCUUCCAGCACGGCAACUUCUGCCCAGGCUGAGUUGGUGCUGAGUGAGGCUGGCGCACAGCCGCAUUUGAACCGUCCUGUCGUUGUUAGUCCUGAUGGGACUGAUGCCGAGGCUGUGGAGGAGAAGAGCAUGCUUCAAAAGUACUGGUGGGUGCUUGCGAUUGUCUUCUUCUUGACUAUGACUAGCGGUGGGGGUGGGGAGUAG